UUACACGAUGAAAUCAGUGAUUUGUAUUCAUGGCUAAAACCAAAUUCUCUGGAGAAAGCGCUGCGUUUUCGGGUUUUCGAACGAGUUCGCGCUGUACUACAGCGGAUAUGGCCGGCAGCAAGGAUUGGUGUAUUUGGUAGCCUAUAUACGGGUCUCUUUUUACCAACCUCAGAUAUUGAUGUUGUGGUGGAAAUGGACGAAUUACCGAACCAACGGAUACCGCUUUGGGAAACAGCUCGAGCAUUGGAGUUUGAAUUUUUUUUUUCUUCAUUUUUGGGAACGUUGAUUUCACUAUUGGGGAAAUAA